CGCUGGGAGAUCGGAGGGUUUAAGAAUGCAGGCCAUGGCGUCUGUAGCUGAGCUGUACCUACACUCCCUCAAAUCAUCACAACGACACUGUUGUUAACCAUCACAACAAACCCGCCACAAUGAAUAACAUCCUCACCGGCGCCGCCAUGGGCGCCGCCCUGACCACUGCCGGCGUCUACGCCCCAGACGUGAUCCUCGCCCAAUUCAACUUUACCGACUUCACCAUGCUGCAAACCUUCCUCUCCGCCGCCGCGGGCAGCACCCUCCUCGUAACAAUCGCCCAAACCCUCCACCUAACCACCCUCCCACCCCGCACCCCCUCCACCCUCACCCUCUUCACCACCCCCACCACCGGCAGCACCACCACCCCUACGGGAUUCCUACCCCUCUACAGCGGCAACAUCCUCGGCGGCGCCCUGCUCGGCACGGGCAUGGCCGUGUCGGGCGCCUGCCCGGGGACGGUGCUGGCCCAGCUCGGCGUGGGCGUCGCGUCGGGCCGGUACGCGCUCGCGGGCGCCGUGCUGGGCGGCGUGGUCUGGGCGGGGGUCGGGGCUGCGGAGGGCAAGGGAAAAGGGGAUGGAAAGCGGACGCGGAGCGAUACCGUCUAUGAGGCGCUGGGGGUGAGCCGAGGGGUGUUGCUGGUUGGGCUGGAAGCGGUGCUGGUUGCGGCGAUUGCGGCGUCGGUCAAAUACACCGCCGCGAGCGCUGGCGAGCAGCGGGGGAUACCGCCGUAUUUGGCGGGGCUGGCCAUCGCUGCCGCGCAACUGGUGUCCAUGGUGUUGAGGGGGUCGUUGCUGGGCGCGUCGACCGCGUUCGAAGAGCUGGGUGGCUGGGUGUGGGGGUCGAGGAAGUACGCAAACUUGUUGUUCUCGGCGGGAAUGGUGGGCGGCGCCUGGCUGAUCUCGCAGGCCGUGCCCGCGUUGAGGCCGGUUACCGACGUGGCCAUCUCACCUAUUAAAUCUGUGGUGGGCGGGUUCAUGAUUGUGUUUGGGUCGCGGAUAGCCGGCGGGUGUACGUCGGGGCAUGGCAUCAGCGGGCUCUCGCUGAUGUCCAUCUCUAGCUUCUUGACGGCGGCUGCCAUAUUUGGCGCGGGCGGGUUGACGGGCUUACUGAUGGGUUGA